AUGUGGAAUGAGAAACUUGUGUAUGUUCUUGUCGAUCUUGGUUUCGAACAGAGUAAGUGUGAUCACUCCAUGUUUGUCAUGACAAAAGACACUGUUUUUAUUGUCCUUCAUGUCUAUGUAGAUGAUAUUAUUAUAUCUGUUAAUUGUUCAAAACAAAUUAAUGACAUCAAACAGUUACUCAAAUCAAAGUUUCUUAUAAAAGAUUUGGGAAAAUUGCAAUAUUUUCUGGGUAUUGAAGUUAUAAGAAACUCAACUAGCUUAUGCUUAACCCAAAGGAAAUACUGCUUAGAUUUGCUUGCUGAAUUCAGAAUGACUGGUUAUAAACCAGUCAGUUGUCCAAUCAAGGCAAAUCAUGUUUUAUCUCAUCUUUGUGAGAAGGAUAAUCAACCCUUAACCAAUAUAACAGUUUAUCAAAAACUUUUGGGUAAAUUGAUCUAUCUCUCACACACUAGGCCAGACAUAGCAUACUCUGUGCAUUAUCUUAGCCAAUUUAUGCAUUCUCCUUUACAAGCUCAUUUCAAAAUUGCUUUACGGCUUUUAAGGUAUUUAAAAGGUGCUCCUGGAAAAGGAAUUCUGUUUAAAAAGGGAGAAUCUUUAAAUAUAAAAGCCUUUUCUGAUUCGGACUGGGCUAAAUGCCUAAGUUCUCGAAAAUCAGUUACUGGUUUUUGUGUGUUCUUAGGGAAUAAUCUUGUUUCAUGGAAAAGUAAAAAGCAGUCCACCAUCUCAAGGUCUUCUGCUGAAGCAGAAUAUCGAUCCAUAUGUGCUGCUACAUGUGAGAUUAUUUGGAUCUCAAACCAUUUAAGGGAAUUAAAGAUUGAUUCUAAGCUUCCUGUCCAGCUGUGUUGCGAUAAUACGGCUUCCAUUUCCAUUGCCGCCAACCCUGUCUUUCAUGAGCGUACCAAACACUUUGAGAUUGACCUUUUCUUCUUAGGAGAAAAAUUGCUAAAGGAAUUAUUUGAACAGUUGGUGUUAAUCAGAAGAUCAAGCUGCUGA